GUAUACACUCCAUCUCCCAAACUUUUCCCAUUUCUAUAUAAGCUUCCCCUCCCACCCUAUUGCAAACUCAUUCGAACUUAAAAUACUAGCUAGUCUGAAAGCCACACACAACAGGCGUUUCCAAUGGCGGCAGCUGAUUGGCUCCGAGGCCCCGCCAUCGGCCGCGGAGCGACGGCCACCGUCUCCCUCGCCGCUGACGCCACCUCUGGAAACCUCUUCGCUGUCAAGUCAGCUGAGCUCUCUCGCUCCGUUCUGCUACAGCGUGAAGAGAGUAUCCUCUCCUCACUAAACUCCCCCUCGGUCGUCUCCUGCCUUGGCUUCGAUAUUGCCCCUGGACCCGGCGGAAUCCUUUUCUACAACCUCUUCAUCGAGUACGCCGCUGGCGGCUCCCUUUCCGAUGAAAUCAAGCGAUGCGGCGGCAGCCUCGACGAAAAAUCCGCCCGAUCAUUCUCUCUCGAGAUCCUCAAUGGCCUCGCUUACCUCCACGCCUCCGGCAUCGUCCACUGCGACGUGAAGCCGGAGAAUGUCUUGAUCGGAUCGAAAUGCCGGGCCAUCAUUGCCGAUUUGGGAUGCGCCCGUAGGAUAUCUGAAAGUGAGAGGGAAAUACGAGGAUCGCCGAUGUACAUGGCGCCGGAAGCGGCAAGAGGGCAAGAACAGGGGACGCCGGCAGACGUUUGGGCGUUUGGUUGCACUGUGAUAGAGAUGGUUACCGGCCAACCUCCGUGGCCGGACGUUGCGGAUCCGGCAGGAGGAAUCCGUAGAAUAGGUUUUUCCGGUGAUGCGCCGGCGAUUCCGCCAUGGUUUUCAGAUGAAGCGAAGGAUUUUGUUGCUAAUUGCUUAAGGAUAAAUCCAGAGGAGAGGUGGACGGCGGAACAACUUCUACGCCAUCCAUUCGUGGAUACCUCAAGCUCUGCCUUGAAUUGCGAGAAUUUUAGGGUUUCUCCAAAGAGCACUCUGGAUCUGAGUUUGUGGGAAUCCAUGGAAAAAAGGGAGGAAAAGGAAGAAGAAGAAGAGGAAUUCCUCCAGGAGUCGGCGGUGUGGAGAAUACAUGAGCUCGCGUCGGCUUCUUCUAGCCCCAAUUGGACUUGGGAUGAAGACUGGAAAGAUGCUCGAAGCUUUACCGGAGAAAGCACGGCGGAGGAGGAUACCGUCCGCGAUGGCGUGGCGGUGGUAGAGGAAUUUUUAAUUGCUGCUGAUGGUGAGAGUACUAACGGCUGCGACGAAUGUAUUUUUGCUAUUGAUGAUUUGGGAAAUAAUGCAUGUGAAUACUGUCAUUGGCAGAAGGGCGAUUAUGAAAUGAUUUGCUACUGCUGUAAAAUUAAAAUGAUUAAGUUGUGCAAUGAUAAAAUGAAAAUCUUUUUGGGCUUUUUAAUUGGCUCUUUGGUUGAGUUCAAAUUAGCGUUUUUAAAUAAAGCGGCGGCGGGAGGCCACGCGUCGGGCUCUGAUUGGGUCCACGGACCCGGGCCAAUGAUUAGCGCCGCCACGAAUCAUUGUCCAAUAAUUGCGGUGGUGCGACGGGACCCACGUAGUUUACUAAUCCGCGUCAGCGCGUGCUCCGGGUCGUCAGAUCGGUGUGGCUUGAGCGGACGGCCACGGUUUUGCCAUGUGGCUGGCGGGACUGUGGAACAGAACCGCACGGUCAGGCCAGACCGUUGA